AUUUUAUUGUUCCCAAUACAGGUUGCUGGAGUCUUUAAUUCCAGUCCGAGCAAUCACUUUCCCUCAGAAAGUUGCAGGAGAAUUGUAUGGCCCUUUAAUGCUGGUUUUCACACUGGUGGCCAUUCUUUUGCAUGGAAUGAAAACAUCUGGAACGGUAAUUAGAGAGGGCACUCUGAUGGGCACUGCAAUUGGAACCUGCUUUGGUUAUUGGCUGGGUGUUUCCUCCUUUGUCUAUUUCCUGGGCUAUUUGUGUAACGCACAGAUUACAAUGUUGCAGAUGCUGUCUCUACUGGGUUAUGGUCUGUUUGGACCCUGCAUUGUGUUGCUUGUCACCUACAAUGUUCAUCUCCAUUCCCUUUUCUAUCUAUUGUGGCUUAUCGUUGGAGGACUGUCCACACUCAGAAUGGUGACAGUGUUGCUGUCUCGCACAGUUGGACAAACUCAGCGACUUGCCGUCUGUGGGAUGCUAGCUACCCUGCAUAUGGUCUUCCUGCUGUACUUACACUUCGCUUACCACAGAAUUGUAGAAGGUAUCCUAGAUACCUUGGAGGGACCCAACGCUGGGCCAGUGAGAUAUCCUCGGGACAUACCAGAACUUUCUGUCACUUUGUUGAACAACACAGUGAAGUCGAUUGGAGCCAACCUGCAGAUGCAUUGACUUGGAAUUGUCUUCUGGUUCUUCCUUCCUAGUAUCAACUCUCCUGGAGACAUUUGAUGUUCACCAGACUAGAUGCAAGGAAAGCCUUAGGUUUUCCUGUAAACUGCUCCAACAGCAGUUUGUUUUCUUUAGAUGAACUCUCAUAGUGGUGGUGCCGGCAGGGGCAUGGUUGUCAAUUCCACUCCAUCUUAAUUGAUCAAAAUAAUCUGUACAUAAUUGAGCUGUAACUUUUUAAAGAUAUAUACAUAUCUGCGUCUGUGUAUGUUUAAAAUCUGAUAGUAUUUACGUGUUCUUCUGUGAUUGCAAGGGUUGCUGUACAGUUCAUGGCCAAUUAACUAUAAAUCACAUUUUCCUGUUCAGGCAGGAGAGUUUCCACAAAACAUAUCUGCUCCACCUCGGAUUCAUUGUAAAAUGUCACCCUCCCCUCAUCCACAACAAUCCAGUUCCCACCUCCCUGAAGAAGUAACAUAAUCCACUUCCUCUAAAGUGUCUAAUGAAGACAAUGUCUCAGAACUGGAUUUUGCUGUUAGCUCAUUCAAAGUAUUGCAGUUAUGCUAAGUACCUCGAGGCUAGGGAGGGAAGAGAUGUCUUGGAUCCUCUCCUGUCUGCAAGCCAGGCACCUGCAUUGGAUGCUGAUAAGGGCAGGCGCUGUCUUUGCACCAGAGUCUGUUAGCUUGCUCAUACCCCCUCUGUCAAGGCUCAAGUAUACACCAUCAUUGUUAGAUGAAGGGCAGUCCUUGGGAACUUGUUCACUAGGGAGUCAUUGCCAUUGGAGACACGGGAGAAAAUUUAGAAAGAAGUGAACAGAUGAUGUAUCAUUUAUUUAAAGCUCAAUGCAAGAUAUAAUAGUGGCACUGUUCUUUGUUGAUAUAUGUUGUUACUUAUUUUCAGUCUGUUUUCCAGCUCCCCCUUUCUCAGUUUGUACAUUAAACUGAGGUCAAUCUUCGCUCUCUGGGUGUGAAAUUUCCCGAAGAGUUAUUUUUGAAGAUGAGCAGAGGAGCUGUUCUGGUGUCCUGGCCAAUGUUUGUCACCCGAACAGAUAAUGCAAUCACUUAUUUUGUUGCUGUCUUAAUGAUCUUUGUGUAAAUCAGCUGCAUUACAACAAAAGCACUUCAUUCAAUGUAAAUAUUUUAGGACAUGCUGAGAUCAUGAAAGGUGCUGUAUAGAUUUAAAUAUUUUUCCUACAUGUGCAAUAUUUUUAAUCUAAAUUGUACAAUAAGCUUUGGCAAGUAAAUGGAGUGGAGCAGGACAGUAAACAAUUACACAACGUAAUCAGAUAGUAGGAACUGCAGAUUCUGGAGAAUCUGAGAUAACAAGGUGCAGAGCUGGAUGAACACAGCAGGCCAAGCAGCCUCAGAGGAGCAGGAAUGCUGACGUUUUGUGUUCAUCCAGCUCUGCACCUUGUCACAAUGUAAUAUUUGGUACACUUCAAACUGCUGCAUUAGCAAGUGCUCUUGUUAGAAGCACCGUUCAAAUCCAUUUGUAUCCCUUUGGUCACUGCCAUACAGCUGAAGUGAGCCACCACCUGUGUGCCCACUGUUGGUUAUAGAUCUGUUUGUGCUCCCUGUUCCCCCAUCACUGCUUUUCCCGUUGUUGAAUAUCUCCUGCAGUAAAUCCGAUAAACCGAUGGGAAAUGGAGGGUAAAACAAGUUAUCUUAUAAUGACAAUUAAAACCUGUUAAAAGACAA